AUGCUAAGAUAUCAGGAUAAGGAAGCAGUCACUACCACAAUCUUUCAUUAUAUCAAUCUGACGCUUUUGAUCAUUGAUUCAGCUGCACUUAUAGGAUUGGUUAUUGCCUUUCCAGAUGCUCAACAAGUCUUGGGAAUGCUUGCGUUAAUCCACGCUUUUUUCUUGGUUCCUAGUAUGUUGUACCAUAUUGUUCCAGCCAUUAGAACAAACUUCUUGUUUACCUGGAUUGCUCAUGUGUUAAGCUCCCUCACGCUCGGGAUCUUUGUGAUAUCUUUGGUGCUGUACCUCUUCGUUAUUGACAACCAGAGAGGAAGUGAUGCUAUGAUGGCCAUCAUGGUAGGUAUUACAGGACCAGGUGCACUCAUAGCUGGAACUUUACUAAUGAUGCUGAAUUCUGAAGCCCAAAUGAAGCAAAUUACUUAUGUUGUUUUCCCAAAAGAAGGAUCCCAUCAGCAACCAAUAAUGAUGAUAUAACUCAAUGGGAACAGAACGAAUAAUGCAAUUCACCAGUUA